AUGUGCAUCUCAUCUUAUAUCCUAAUGCUCUCCUUUCUCUCUCUCUUUUCUCAAGGUUUUCUAUUUUCAGUUUCAAAAUCUCUGCAAGAGAUAGAAGACGAAGAUAUGUUGCUAGCUACAUUAAAUCUAGGGAAAACUCUACAAAACGGAGACAAACCUAUGAAGAGGGGAGCUAUACCUUUGCUGAAGUACUACAAGACUGAAGAAAGCAGUGCUUUCAAUGAUAAGACUGCUGGAAACAUGAAGUUUUCGGACAGAGGUUCCAGACAUGAUUUCUUCAAUCAUGUUACGCCAAUCAACUUACGCAGAAAUCAACUACCUUAUCCUGCACUGAAGGGAACCAUGGCUUUUCCAGUUGACACUGAAAUUCCAAAUAUUGAGUCAAUACAGGAAAGAGAGACCACAGAGGAAGAAAAUUCAGCUAAAUUUCCUAUAGGAAGAAGAGAUUUUGACAUCCUCAGGUGUAUGCUGGGAAGAGUCUAUCGACCUUGUUGGCAAGUGUGAAAACUACUCAUCUCUCACCAUCUCUGAAGAUUAAACAUUUCAUUCUGAAUUUAAUGUAAU